AUGCUGUGGACUAAAGUCAACAUGCUCCUUGUGAGCGGCCUCUGUGCACUGUCACAGGUCUCAGGCGCGGCAAAUGUUGCACAACAGAUCGAAUACAUGGAUACUAUGACCGAAAAGAUCGGAGCCGCGAGAGACUCGCUGAAUAACUACAGCGGCGGUAUCCCAUCCUCGCUUGGGGUUGCCAGAUCCAUCAUGGUUGCGCAAACAUCCACUCGCGAAGCCCGCGAGAAACUAGCGGACGAGGACAGAAUGACAGCUGAAGAAGGCAAUCAAUACUAUGAUUCCUAUUCGCGAAUGGUCCCUGUCCUGCUCGAUGCUAUUCACUCUGCUAAAGACAAGGCCCCCCUUUUCAAAAAGGCCGGAUUGGGCCCUGAAGCUCGCACAUAUCUGGGCAAUCUGCACAGCGAAAAGAGACUUUUUUGA